AGGAACUUUCUUUAAUUAUUCCAAAAUAAUGCGGGAGAAAGAAUAGAAUCUCUACUAGCAGAUAAUCUUAUACAUAGAGAAAACUGAUCAAUACUGAGGUGGCGUUCAAUGACGAAUGCUUAAGGAUCUUUAUCAGAAAAGUGGGCACUUGUAUGUAUAUUGAUGAGGUAGUGAGGUAGAGCUGAUCAACUUACGACGAAGCGCUACUUUUGGCAGAAUUAACGGCUUGAUUAGACUGUAACUUUUGAUAGUGAGAUAUGAAGAACUGGAUCAAUGUGGCGUGUGGUGUUUUCCUCCUAAGUUCAGCAUGGAAAGGAUGUCUCUCGAAUCUCUUACAGGAGAAGGAAUCUGAUUUAGCAAACUUGCAGGAAUUUAAUGCGGUCGAGAGAAUCGAGGACACUCCAUAUGGUCUACAUGGUUAUGAUGAAAAUAAAGAAGAUGUCAAUGAGAGUAACGCUGAAGAUGGUCAUUCUGAUAUAGCUUUCCUCAAAGAUUCAAGCUACCGUCGCAAACGUAACCGUCAUUGCAUCUGUUACCGACGAUCCUCUCGUCGACGUGGUGGUGGUGGUGGUGGCUGGCGACCCUUACCCCGCCCCUACAAGUAACGAACUUGACUCUGUUUCUUGACUUUCCAUUCCUUAAUGUUACACUUUGGAAAGUUGUAAGAUUUCAUAGAAGCUUGUGUAAGCACUGUAAAAGACUAUAAAGCUUUGCUCCUAGAAUGGAAGGCGAUUAAAUAUCUGGUUUGUGCUAUUUCCGCAGCGCUGUUCUUUUCUUUGAUCAUGAACUUGUCAUUCGCUAUAAUUCAUGUCUUGGAGCAAACUUUCUGUUCGCAAUUGAGUUUCCUCACGGUAGUCCGUUACAUGAACACGAAGUGUGUUCAUCCUAUGCAUUUAAGCAUUUCGUACAGUCAACUUGUCGUACUUAAAAAAUCAUGCUUCGCAAUGCUCCAAAAUGGAUCAAUAUACAGUAACAAAAAUUGUAACAGUACAUCCCAAGAAUAACUUUUGUUUUGUAAUGUCUGAAUUGAAUGCUAGAUGGUAAUUUUGUUUUUUCGGGGGGUAAAUAGUGCUGAAGAUAUAACUAGUAAAUUGCCAGGUAGAAAGGAACCCUGAUUAAGCGCAGGUAAUCAUUACGCUUUUACACGAGUUUUAAGUAUCUUUUAAACUUCAUUCCCUGAAACGUUGUUCCUAGCAAAUAGUAAACUUUGUCAGGUACCCGAGCAUAGGGAACUUCCUAUACAUUACAAUCAAUUAAAUCAAUCCUCUUUGUUCGCUUGUAAAAGGAUUCUGAGACUGCUUUGGCAUAAUUUAAUCGGAUGUAUGUGGGGUUUAAAGUGUUGGUACAUGGCUGUUUGGUUUAGUCUAUCGUACCCCUGGAAAUUACCUUCCAAGUGAUAGUUUCCUUCAGUUGAAAUUUGGAACCCUUCAUUGAUUAAGUAACAGAGCCUAACGGGAUUUGACGUAUAGUAUAGUCACUACUAUCUUCCUACCCUCCUAGAUCACAUACUACCCAUUUUCAUUUGUUUCCCUUCAUCCCCCACCUCCCUUCGUUUCUCCUUCCCAGGGGUUGAUACCCCGAUAAACAACUACUUCGUUCAACCGCAGCUGUGAAGGUUCGUGUUAUCUGCAGAUUUUUGAAGGCAAAGUGCCAUUAAUAUGCAAGAGUGUUGGCUUUAUUUAUUUCGUUUAACAUAACGAGAUUUUGUUAUUUUAACUAACCUAAAAAUGAUACCUGAGCCAGUUUGCUGAAAAAAAGCUAUAGUUAAAAAGGCUACUGUUACCUGAUAUUACAGUUGAGCAAUUACGAAUUCACAAAGGCUAUGAAAUGUAUAUGAACUUAAGACAUGCACCAACAAAAGCAUUUCUAAAAUAAAAUAUAUAUUGGUGCAGCGAUAGUUAUUGCAGUCAAAUGAUUUGAUCAUUAUCCAAAGUUUUGGGCAAAACAUAUAUUUAAAACGGAUUGAUGAAGCCAAAAUUACCUAGAUAUUUUGUCCUGCGUGACUGGACGAAAAACAGCCCAUCUUCCUUAAUCCUAUGCAGACCGAGGGAGGAAAGGGCUUUUGAGGCCCCCACCAAUUUUGAGCAA